AUGUACUUUUUUGUUUUAGCUUCUUGUGACAAGACAUUUUUUGGUUCACUUGGAACAAUAACAUCACCAAACUAUUGGAGUAGGUCAAAUUAUGCCAACAACCAGAAUUGCCAAUUCGACAUUAGAGUUAGUUCUGGGUAUGCAAUUAAGCUGACAUGGACCACAUUUGAUGUCAAGGGUAAUAUGCCCAACUGCUAUGAUGAUUACGUGGAGAUUUACAUUGGAUGCAGCCGAAAGUCCAUCGGGAAAUAUUGCUCUGACAACAGCUACAAGCCCCAUGAUAUCUACUCACCAGAUAACUGCUUGCGUAUUAAGUUUAAAAGUGACAGCUCUGGAAGUGGAAAAGGAUUCGCAGCCUCAUAUUUCAGUAUCUCCAAAUCAUUUUCGGGUAAAGGCCUAUUCUAUAACUAACUAACUAACUAACUAACUAACGGUCAGAAAGAAUACCAUAUAUAAAUUUAUUAAAGGAUGGUAAACUAGUCUGUCUUAACCCUUUAAGUCCCGAUAGUGACCAACAUUAAUUUUCUCCUAACAAUAUCCAUACAUUGUCAAGAAAUAAAGUAAUGAGAAUUAAUGAAAUGAUCACCAAAGAGAAAAUGCCAUGAUCAUUUAUCGAAGUCUCUCAACUAAUUCUUAAAGGAAACGUAUGGAGAUCAGUUUGGAGAAUUUGUAUGUUGAUAUUGGGACUUAAAGGGUUAAAGUAGCGACCAUUGUCAUAAGAAUAAUAAUAAUAAUGCAAUAAGACUGUAAAACAAUACCACACUGAAUGGAGCUCAUCACCUAAAGAGUCACCAAGGUGAAAGUUACAGCUGUUGUGGCCAUGAGUAAUUGCUGCUGUCAGUGCUUUAAAGAUCAUCUGUGUACAGUAGUAUGCAUUUGUUUCUUCUCCUGUUCAAAAAUUGUUGUUUCUCUUCCUUUUUCCUCAUGGGUGCCAUUUUUUUACCCAGAGACAGUUGCUGGCUUUCUGCCUUUAAUCUUUUCCGUGAGUGUGUGCAAGGGCAGCCUGGAACCAUCAAAAUUUCACUUUAUUUACAUGUAAUAUGUAUAGGUAAUAGCAUGAUUAGUAGUGAUAUUUGGCAUAAAUACCACAAGUGAUAUUUCAAAAUUUGUAUACAUAGUUUCACGUGCCGUUAGGCGAGUGAAAUUUGAGACGAUUUUGAAAUAAGAUUAUCAUGAGUGGUAUUUAUGCCAAAUUAUCACGUACAAAUCAUGCUAUUAUUUGUUUAUACUACUGCCCGCAAAAGGUUUGUUAUUUUCACGUGUGGGUAUUUCAAAUUAUGCUGAAAUACCACUGCUCUAAGCCAAUCAAAUUGCAGAAAUUUCUCAUGUAGUGGUAUAAAGUUAUGAAUUUUCUCCAGACAAUUAAUAUAUCAGACGAGUUAAAUGGCAUCAUCUGUAGAGUUUACUAUCCAAGACAGUGUUUCAUCUCUUACAUGAAUUCAGCCCAUUAUUAUGGUUUAUGAGGGUUAAAAAAGUGAUUUUCAGUGAGAUAAUUUUACAAAUCCUGAAUACACUCUUCUUCUAAUACAUGUAAUAGACACAUUGUGUAUUCCUACUCAUGUAAUUAGUUUUAUUGCCUGAAAUAUGCUUGUACUUGUCUGGGUAUUAACAUUAUAACAUGUACAUGUGCUGACUUUUUUUCUCAAUUUCCUCAUUUUUUAUAUGAGUGGGGAUGAAAGGGUUUAUUGUAAAGAUUAAUGUAAAUUAAGAAAUGAUGAAAUAUUUUGAAUCAAUAAUAACAAUAUAACUUAUGUCCUUAUUUUUACCUUGCAGCUUCUGGACUCUAUAGUGAGUAUCAUGAUUUACCCCCUGAAAGUUAUUGGUACAUGUAGUAGAUGUUAUAGCUACAUGUAGGAUUCAGGGGUUUUGUCAGAUGAAGAAAAGAUAGACAAUAGACCAGGCGAUAUUGUGAUUGCAGUAAUGUACAAAUGAAAACAUGUUUUAUAAUGACCAAAGAAGUAUAAAGAAAGUAGAUGUGUUUCUUGAGAAUUUUUUUUACACAUACGUGCUGGUUCUUGGUGAAGUAUAUGUCACUGAUGUUUAAGAACAUUUUUCAAGGUUGCUUUUGACUAAUUUGGAGUCCACUCUCAUGGUCUAGAGGUUUCUUAUACCUGUCCAGUGAACUACUUUGUUUUUUAUCUUGGCUCAAAUGAUUUUUUUCUUCUUAUUUUAGGAAUUGUGAAAAUUUGUGGACAAUCCAUUUGAAUGAUUACAUAUCUUUAUUAUGAGUUACUGAUUCUCUGUUAAUAUGAUCACUUCUGAGACGUCUAUUUAUUGAUUUAUUUUUCAUUUUAUGAAUUAUUAUUUUUCAGGAUCCUGCUCUUCAGAGUAUUAUCCUACAACAUUUUAUGCGAAUUAUGGAAUCGUAAGUUCCAAAAAUUGGCCCCAAAAUUAUCCAUCUUAUCAAGACUGUUAUUGGAAAAUUGACGUUGGAGAUGACAAAAAAAUUAAAAUUGCUUUCAUGGACUUUGAUCUAGAGGAUGAUUCAGGAUGUGGUGAUGACAAACUCAAAGUAAAAGGUGAGAAUUAGCACAUCUUUGUUUACCGGUAUUAAGUAAUGUUAUUUGUCUUUAGAAAACAGGUCAUAUUUUAAUGGCUACAUGAUAUUUUUAUUGGGUGGUGGGGAGCAAAGAAGUCUGUUUUACAGCUUGCCCAAAUGGCAAGCUGUACACUGUAGCUACUGUAGUGGUUAAUAGCCCAAGAGUCAUUUUAACAAGCUGUAAAUGGCCACAGAAAAUGCGAGGACUUACAUAAUGGUGGACGCUCAUGGGAGGUGGUCGCUUACAAGGAAAGUACCAUGGGGUGUCUCCUUUGUUAAGAAAUCAAACAAAGGAAGAAAUCAAACUGUUAAGAAAUCAAACCUCAGAAGAUUAAUCACACUUCAAAAACGGGUCGUAAGAAUAAUGUCGAGGAGUGCUUUCGAUGCUCACACUGACCCCUUAUUUAAAAAUUUAAAACUUCUGAAUCUUGAGAGUAUCUACAAACUUCAAAUAGGAAAAUUUAUGUAUCAAUACAGAUCUGGCUUACUUCCUUAUAGCUUCAAUAACAUGUUUCUGGUGACACGCCAGGUGCAUUCUUAUGGCACUAGAAGUUCGGAGCAUUUUUAUUUACCACAAUGCAGGACUAAUAUAAGAAAGUUCUCCAUCAGUUUCCAAGGUCCUAAAUUUUUUAACUCUCUUAGUUUUGAAAUUCGAAAUGCAACAAGUACCGCUUCCUUUUGCUGUAAGCUGAAAGCAUUCCUCUUAUCAUAAAUAGUAAUUUAUAUAUAUAUAUAUAUAUAUAUAUUUUUUUUUUCUUCCUUUGCUCUUUUAUUUUCUUUUGUUUUGUUUUGUUUUGUUUUUUCUUUUUGUCAUUUCGCUUUUUUUAGCCUAGAACUAUGAUUAGUACGACUAUCUAAUAUACUUAUUUUAAGAUUUACUGUAGCUCUGCCAUUGAUUUUCCCGUGUGUAAUUAUCAUAAUAUUUUGUUCUAAUGAUCUAACUGAGGGAGCCCAUUCCUUAUAAGCCCGGUGGCUUCUCUUGGGCUUCCUCGCCAUGAGAGUUAAGGUAAUUAGAUUUUAUUUGAUUUGUAUAAUUUUUGGCAAACAAAACAAUAAACAAUAAACGAAAUCCCGACAUACCAACGUUGAAGUCAACUCUCUCAUAGUGACCACUGCUCGUAAGCAUCCAUCUCCCAUAAGAGACUAAUUUUUAAAUAAUUGUUUUGUUUCUUGGACAAAUACUGUUUCAAAAAUUCCCUUGUAAGUGACUGGUCAGUACUAAAUUUCUUAAACGACUGCAAUAUUUCUUUGACAUUCCAGUUUGUCUUCUGUUUCUGGGAAGGGAACACUUGGUGUGAUCAUAUGAUUGUAAGAAACCAUUACUUGAAUGUCACAAGAGUUCAGUUCUUUAUAGCACUGAUCAAGAGUGCUGACAGGUUGUAGCCAUUGGCUUACAAAAGAGUUGGCUUUAAUAAGAUCUGUGGGUAAAAAGUGAAUUGUUACAUUGCUGAAAAAAGUUAUAUACAAAGUGUCAACAGUUCCAAGCACUAUUCGAUGUGACACUUUAUUGCCAGUUGUCUAUUUGACUAGCUUUAACUUGUAAGGUACAUGACGAUGUAUUCAAUAACUUUAUGUAAAAUUUACAUUAAUCAGUUCAGUUCAAUUAAUUAAUUAUUAAGCUUAUUUCCGUGAUUUUCCCCAUAGGUGACCACCUCCUGUCAUGUAGCAACCACUUAAGAGAGGCUGUUAUAGCUGACUGUAUUAUUUGGGUGGACAAUUGACUGUGUGCAAUUUCUAAGUUCCAUAGGUGGUGUUACCAUACUAAAGUUCGUCACAUAUUUUAAUGCUCCAAGUAGCAUAGUACAUACAGCAAACAAAGAGAUCAGACAAUGGGUUAUGUGGUCGCUUGCAAGAGGUUAAAAACAAUGGAAAUUUAAUAAACCAUCAGCCUUGAAAAGUGAUCGCGGUCGAAUACAGAGGGUGGUCGUUUAUGAGAGGAUCUAACUGUAAGGCUUUGACCAGGAGAGUUCAAGUGUUUUGAAUUAGAGGCGGUCACUUAUCGGCGGUGGUCGCUUACGCGAAGUCCCAACUGUAGGGCUUUGACUGGGAGAGUUUCAAUGUUUCGAAUAGACGGCUGCUUAUGAGAGGUGGUUGCGAGAAAUAUGUCCAACUGUACAUAGCAGCAAAUGUGAUGCCCUUUAAAUGAUGAGACCUAAUAAUUUUCACAGGGCUGGUGUUGCUUUUACUUCACUGUCAAACUAACAAAACCAUGAAAAGCCUGAAAUAUUUCAGGAAUGUUUAUUGAGUCGCAGUAUGACUAGUCUACUACACAGCCAUUUUUGGAGGAGUGUUGCGUGACGACAAUAAAAACGGCUGUGUAGCAGACUACAGUAUGACCAGUCAUGCAAAAGAUUAGGACAUGGGAGCCAGCCAGUGUUGCUUGUCAAUUGUGGUUUCGGUUUUUCCACACUAGAUUGGAUUUUUUCUUGCAAUGCAGUAUCAUUCCAAAAUUAAUACUGGUGUGCACAGUUUUGUUAGUUUUGCUGUAACUAUAGUACUGUUCAAGUGUUCAUCCUAAUUAUUGAGCCAUGCAUUAUACAGUAUGACAUAUACUUCUUGUUGUUCAUUUUACAGGAGGGGGCAGUUAUGAUUCAUAUGAUUCAUCCAACACUGUUAAAAACUCAAUGUGUGGUUCAAAGGGUCCAUUCUACUUCACCUCAUCAUAUGAUCAAAUCUGGAUCAGAUUUAAAUCAGACAGCCGUACUCAAGACCGUGGUUUUGUUGCUGGUUAUGUCCUUUACAAGGACUCAAGUAGGUUCUGCACUUCAUUUGAUAAUAAUAUUAUUACCUUUAAUAAAGCUUUAUGCUUAAUUAUUAGAAAGGGGGGCAUUCUACCAGAUAAAGAGAGUAAUGAGAAUCAUUCAGGGUCCUGUUUUGGUUAACUCUUGUCUUUGAUUGUAGUAGUUACCUUAUUUAUUCGAAUAAGCACCCAACCUUGAAUUAGCGCCCACUUUGAAUAAGCGCCCAUACUAAAGGCAGAAAAAGUUAAUAAGCGCCCAGCCUCGAAUAAGCGCCCACCCCCUCUUCCUCCCAAUCAAUCUCAAAUAAGCACUCACCCCCACCCCACCCACUUGAGUGAAUAAAUUCUAAUAAGAGACUUCCCUGAGGACGGAGUUUUCUUCAGAGUAUUUUACAGAAAUCUUGCUUUGUACUUCUUCGCGUUUUGUUAUUAGCAUUUAUUGCUUUGUUACAAAAUCAACAUACUUCACUUGCUGAAAAUGGUGAAAAUUAUUUUAAUAAGCGCCCAGCCUCGAAUAAGCGCCCACCUCGAAUAAGCGCCCACUCUCAAGGUCCAAAAAUUUAAUAAGCGGCCAGGGUGGUUAAUCGAAUAAAUACGGUAGUUGUAUUGAUUUCCUUAUGUCCUUUGUGUGAGGUGAUACUAUGAUAAUGAGUUUGAAACAAAGGGAACAUUUUAGACGAGAGAUUUUACCACAUUAUACACAAUGCACCACUUCCAUUUUACCUUUGUUUAAAGGCCACAUUACUUGAAUAAGAUAACAUGAAUUUUCUUUCCUCGCUGGUUAUUAUUUAAGAAACUAAGUUCUUAAUUUCUAUGCAGGAAAAGAUUUAGCCUGCGUAGCAGGCGUCGAAGGGGGUAGGGGUAGGGGAUAGGGAGGAAGGGAAAAAAAAGGAAGGGGAUUGGGGAUUUUCCCUUUCUCCCUCCCCCCUCCCCCUUUCCUUUUUGUGCCUGCCACGCAGGCUAGAAAAGAUUUGGAUGACUGAAAUGUUGUGUAUUUUCAAGAUCAUUGUAUUUUCAUUUAUGAUAUCAUUAUAACUUUGUUCUCUUUUAAACAGCAAGUGACUCUUCUGACUCGGAUUCCUCUACCAGCUCUCUCCCCGGUAUUAUUACUGGGAUCAUAGUUGCAUUGAUUGUCGGUUGCUGCAUUUUCUUCGUGUUUGUGUACCGAAGGAAACGUGCCAUGCGACAACGGCAACAUAUGAUGAUGACACAAGUUCAAAUGCCUCCUCCACAAGCUGGAGUACACCACCCACCCCCGCCCUCUCAACCUGGAUAUGGACCACCCCCUCCUGUAGGAUAUGGUGCACCGCCUCCCGCUGGUGCUGCACCAGCCCCAGGAUAUGCCCCACCCCCCUACAGUCAGGUUGUGGCGGCACCUUAUCCUCAGCAAGGUCAGUUGUGUCACAAAAUAUUAAUUAAUUUUUUAAUUAACUGAUCAAUUAAGAGGCAGUGUUACCAAGAAUUACUACUACAGAAGAUUCAAUGCGACUGAACUGUAACUAGUUUAACAAUAAAAUUUCACUACGUCUCCUUGCACAAGGUGCGUGGCAACUGUUUCAGAAUUUUUUUGCCUUAGGACAGGUAAAGAUCAGAAGUCAACGAGUUGUAUUCAAGAGAAAAUUCUGGUGUUACUUUGUGCCUACAAAGUUUUCUGUCAAGAAACCAAGCAGAUUGCCUCGUCAGAUAAAACCUGUCAUUCAACAAAACUUCCUAAAAGAAGUUUGUUGUCAAAAGUGAAAAGAAAGGGAAAGUUUAACAGACUACAGCUUGUCCACCUAAACGAUCGAAGUAAUCAUUGCGCCGAAAGCCUUUACCCAUUCCCAUUAUAGUUUCUGGGGAUUAAUUGGAGGGAGAGACAGCUUACAAAAGUAAUGUGUGGAAAUGCUGUAAAAUUCCGAAAAUAAGCCGCUCCUUGUAUAAGCCCCUCCAAAUAUAAGCCCCCAAACCGGUAACGUAAAAAACCCUCCGUUAAAUCGCCCCUCCAAAUAUAAGCCCUUGGGGACUUUUAAUUGGAAAACUGCCCUCAAAUACAAAAUAAAACAAAACAAAAAGGGUUAAUUUACUUCCAACUAUAAGGCUAGCCCAAUCGAUUUUGAGACGCAAAUUUCGCUCCGUAGAUAAGCCCCUCCGAAUAUAAGCCCCUCAAAAAGGGCCUUUGAAAAAUGUAAGCCCCGGGGCUUAUUUUCGGAAUUUUACGGUAUUGGAGAGGGGAAUUAGUAUAAUUUUUGUAACAUGAUUGUGUUUUUACCAAUGAUUACAUUUUCAUAUUUAAAGGUAAAACCGGACAAUACCCUCCACCGCAGGGUGGGCCAGCACCCUACCCCGUUCAACAGACUGCAGGAGCCCCACCCUACCCCCCUAGUCAGCCAGUAGCAAUGGCUCCUUAUCCACCAGAGCAGCCAGGAGGGGCACCAGGCUACCCUACAGCUCCACCAGGGGGUGUCGCACCUUACCCUGCUGCUGCAUCUGGAGGUACUACCCCCUACCCGUCAGCAGCACCUGGAGGCUCCUCACCCUACCCCCCUGCUCCACCAGGAAAUGAGCCUUAUCCCACAAAGCAAUAGGCUAUCAG